AUGCAGGUCCAGCGCGCUGCCAUCGGCAGGCCCAGUGCUUUUGCGGGGAGGCGCAUGGCGGUCAGGGCGACAGCUGUGACAACCAGGCCCUCUGUGUCCGGCAGGAUGGCCGAGUUGAAGGCACAAAAGAAGAUUGCGUUCAUCCCGUUCCUCUGCGCCGGCGACCCCGAUUUGGAGACGACGGCCGUGGCGCUGCAGAAGCUGGACGCGCUGGGCGCUGACGUCAUCGAGCUUGGCGUGCCGUACUCGGACCCCCUGGCGGACGGACCUGUCAUCCACUCAGCCGCGACGCGGGCCCUGCAGAAGGGCGCCACCCUGGACGCCGUGGUGGCCAUGGUGGCCGAGGUCUCGCCGCAGCUCAAGGCGCCGCUGGUGCUGUUCACGUACUUCAACCCCAUCCUGCGCAAGGGCGUAGACAAGUUCUGCCAGCAGAUCAAGGAGGCGGGCGCGUCGGGCCUGCUGGUGCCGGACAUCCCUCUGGAGGAGACGGGCACCGUCCGCGCCGCCUGCGAGCGCGCCGGCCUGGAGCUUGUGCUGCUGGUGACCCCCACCACCCCCAAGCAGCGCAUGGCCGACAUCGCGCGCGCCUCCCAGGGCUUCGUGUACCUCGUUAGCGUCACCGGCGUCACCGGUGUGCAGGAGCGCGUGCAGGCGCGGGUGGAGGGGCUCAUAGACCUGCUGCACUCUGUGACGGACAAGUCGAUCGCCGUCGGCUUUGGCGUGUCGAGGCCCGAGCAGGCGCGGCAGAUCGUGGAGUGGGGCGCGGAGGGCGUCAUCUGCGGCAGCGCGCUCGUGCGGGCGCUGGGGGAGGCCGAGACGCCGGCAGAGGGGCUCGCGGCGAUGGAGCAGCUGGCCAAGAGCUUGAGGGACGCGAUCCCUCAGUGA